CCACCGACCCCAGUGAUCAGCAACCCACCGCCAUCCGUCCCUGCUUCCCCGCCGCCAGCGAGCCCAGUGAUCAGCAACCCAACUCCAUCCGUCCCUGCUUCCCCACCGCCGGCCACGGUCUCACCAGCUACCCCGCCGUCGCAGCCCACGGAGUGCCUGACGCCGUUGAUGGGGCUGACGCCAUGCAUGGGCUACCUCACCAACACCGGCGUGGCGACGCCCCCGGCGGCGUGCUGCGGCGCCUUCAAGUCCCUGGUGGACAACGCCCCCAUCUGCCUCUGCCACGGCCUGAACGGUGACAUCAACAAGAUCAUGCCCGCGCCCAUGGACUUCAUGCGCAUGAUGUCGCUCCCCGGAAACUGCGCCGUCCCGCUGCCAAUGCAGACGAUUGCCCAGUGCGCCACGGCAUCUGUGCCACCACUGGACCCUCCUACCGCCCCAGCAGCCCCAUCCCCAAAGCCAUCACUGUAGAAGCCAGAGUUCCGAGUAGUUCGAGGAAGCAGUAGAAGCAAGAGGAUCCAUCGAUAUGAAGUCCGGUCGAGAUGAUGAAUCAGCUGUCAAAAAUCACAAAAUCUAGUAGUUUGAGUAUAGUGAGGGAUAGGAUAUAUUUACAUGUUAGGUUAGUGUCUUAUACUACAAGUGUGCUGGCGAUUUAGAUCUACAAAGUACCUAUAUUCUGUAGGAGAAUUCUUUUCUUUUCAUCACUGUAAAUAUAUAUGCGGUGAUCAAUAUUAGUCCAUACGUGCA